CCCGCCCCCUUUUCUGCCAUGGCGGAGGGGAAGGACCCGCUGGGCUUCUUCGCGGCCUACGGCGGCGGGGAGAGCUCGYGCGGGGGCUCGGACUCCGAGGGCGAGGGGAGGCCCGGCUCGGCCUCCGAGGCGCCGGCGCCGCUGCGGAAAGGCCCCGAGGGAGAAGGGGCGCGCCUGCCGGGCCCCGAGGAGCUCUUCCGCCGCGUCCACCGGCCGGCCUUCCUCUACAACCCGCUCCACAAGGAGAUCGACUGGGAGAGCCGCGUCCUGAGGGCCCCCGAGGAGCCUCCUAAGGAGUUCAAGGCCUGGACUACCAAUGCCGUGCCUCCCCCUGAGAGUUACAGCGUCAAAGAAACCAAGCCGCCUCCCCCUCCGGAGCUGGAUAUGGCAAUCAAAUGGUCCAAUAUAUACGAAGAUAAUGGUGACGAUGCUCCCAGAAAUGCAAACAAGGUCAACUUCUUACCAGAAGAUGAAGAGGAGGAACAAGUCAAAUCAGAUGAGGAAACGGAGGAAACACCUUCACUUAAGAAACGCAAACUAGAUGCUGAAGAACAAACUAAGAAAAAGAAGCAGCGGUGAAUCUGGCAGAAUUUCGAAAACGUCAUCACUGGACCUUGAUUUUUCUUUUGGAGCAGGAAAGGGGAAACCCCGCCAUGUGGCUAACAGUGCAGCACAUUUAAGGAUUCUGUAACUUGUGUGAUACAUUUUAUUUGCUCAGGUUGUUUCACUUGGAAACUUUUUAUUUUAAAGCACAAUUUCUUAGAAUAUUGUGGUAAAUACCUCCAUUCAAACAGACUUAUAGAACUUCACAGAUCAUCCAUAAAAACGAUAAAUAUGAAACUUGUGUAUAAUUUUUUAAAAUGAAGACAUGAUGGAGGGAGGUGUUUUGGAUGAUGUAUUGUGGUAACAGUGGCAUUAUUUUGAAAUGUGUGUAAACUAUGUAAAUAAGUAACUAAAAUAAAAAAUAUAUGUUUGAACAGG